UCUGGCUCAAACUACAGGUGUAUUUAUUCCUCCAAAUCUUCCAAUCAUGACCAAACUUCUGCAGUGGCUACUUGGUGUGUCAAUACUUGGCGUGGCCUGGGGAAUCGUGACCUUUGACAUCCUAGACCUGCGGUUGCCACAUGUAUAUAAGGAAGUGGCUUGGCCCAUGCCUGUGUAUCUGCUGGUGGUAUUCGGCUGUUAUUCUCUGGCUACAGUAGGAUACAGAGUGGCGACAUUUAAUGACUGUGAGGAGGCGGCCAAGGAACUUCAGGCUCAGAUACAAGAGGCAAAAGACGACUUAAAGAGAAAGGGACUGAAGAUGUAACGGAAGAGCUCUCAGAGACUGUGGGAGGGACAGAAACACUCACACGUACACUCACACCUGCGCGUCCCUCCUUUGUCUCACCACAUGCUCCGUCCUCUCACAAAACUGUUUCCCUUCGCAUCUUUUGUCACAGAAACCAUUAAGCCGCCCAUUCCGUCUGGCCCGCCGCCGUAUAGAGAAGAUGAUAGUCUAAGCUGUGAUCUAAGGACUGUGGUCUGCAGCUGUGACCUGUUGGAUUCAGUAUGUCAUUGCAGGUCCUCAUAAAGUACAUGUUUUGAGAGCCAUGUAAAAUCUGUGUAAAAGCAGCUUUUAGAAUGAACGAAAAAAGAAAAUGGAAAGUAACAUUAAGACUGAAUUAGGUGCAGUCCUUUUGAACAGUAAAGUGCAUAGUGCGUGGAUGAAAGGUUUCAACUUCUGUAUAAUAAAAAACAAGGAAAGAAAAAAAUGGAUUGCGGUGUAAGGUUUCAGUGCCUCCAUACACCCACAUGCAGGGAGGACUCAUUAACCGAAGGACGUUUUGUGUCAGGUCUUUUCAGAUCAGUGCUGACAUUUCAGUGGGUAUGAAGUUAAUGUGAUGGAUCUAAUGCAGUAGAUCUUGGUUUUGUGGAGUUAUGACAUUACUAUCACACACACACACACACACACACACACACACAGGAAUGUCACUAGAAUAGAGAUAGAUCCUUGUUACAGCCGUAGACUAUGGCCCGUAGUUUAGAACCAUAUCAGACAGAAAUAAAAUCGAAAGGCAUCAGACAAUUCUAGGUGCCAUUAAUAGAAUGAUUUGGAGCAGAUUCUGUAUUCAUUUUAUGUUAAUGUGUGUUUAUUUUGAAAUCUUUGUGUGUCAUUUUUUUUGGUCAUU